ACCUCGCAGUUAACUAUCGAGUGGUAAACAAAAUUUGAAGUAGGAAAUAGAUUGUUGACUUGGAAGGCCUGACGUAUUACGUCAUAUUUCAUGACUUAUUAUUGAAAUAAAGAUGAUAUUUUACAUCAAGAAACACUCAAAAUUAAUUGGACAAUUAAAGAUUUCUAAGUUGGUCAUCAUAGCCUAAACGAAUAAAGAAAAGGGUUACCUGAUCGAAAAUACAUUAUUUAACAGUAUCACGUAAUAUCAUAGUGUUCUAACCAGACCAAGAUUUUACAAAAAGUGUCAUCACUUAUCACUACGAUUGGCUAAGAAAAAUGGCAAGCGAGUUUGAUGAAUGUGAACGAUUCAUGCAGGCAGAUAAUCUUCCCGACGUGACUUUCAAUAUGCAAGGUAAAAAAAUCAAAGUAAAUAAAAGCAUUUUAUCAAGUCAGAGUCCAGUUUUCGAAGCAAUGUUUACACAUGAUAUGAAAGAGAAACAACAGAACAUAGUUGAUAUUUUUGAUAUUAAUUACAAGAUAAUGAAAGCAUUGUUCCAGUUCAUCUAUACGGAAAAUGUGAGAAAUCUGGAUAGCAUAGUUGGCGAUCUUCUUUAUGCAGCCAAUAAGUAUCAAAUCCUUAAAUUGAAAGAAAAGUGCGAAAGCAUUCUCUUCAAACAACUCACGGUUGGUAAUGCCGUGGAGAUUUUAAACCUGACCGACAUUUGCGAUGCAAGGAAUCUACAACCAUUAGUUAUCCAUUUUAUUGCUAUCAAUCACAGAGAAAUUGUAAAAAUGCCUACAUUUUCUGAGCUGAAUGACAAUUUGAAACAAGAAAUCUAUGAGAUUAUUGCAAAACGUGGAUAA